CCUGUCAGUGUCCAUCAGUGCCAGCAGUCAGUGCUCAUCAUCAGUGCCGCCAGUCAGUGCCGCCAGUCAGUGCCAUGUAUCAGUGCUGCCUUUCAGUGCCCAGUGUCACCUAUCAGUGUCCAUCAGUACAGCCUAUCAGUGCCCAUUACUGCAGCCUCAUUAGCGCACAUCAGUGAAGGAGAAAAAUCACUUAUUUACAAAAUUGUAUAACA